AUGAGAAUACGCGUCCGCGGCCCGUCGGGCGUCACCACCAUCACCCUGGAGGAGCAUGCAACGGUCGCCGAACUGCAGUCGACUAUCGCCGAGAAGAGCGGGGUCCCCGUCUUCGACCUCAAAUACGGAUACCCGCCGCAGCCGCUUGAUAUUUCACAAUUCGACCCUGUCAUCGCCCUCAGCGACACUGGUCUGAAGCUGAACGGCGAGCAGCUCGUCGUCGUGCCGCGCGAUGUGGGAGGGCAGCUGGCGCACCCCAUGGCCGACUCCACGCCUGGCCCUGUCGCUGCUCUACCGGGAUCGCAGCAGGCCAGAGAGAACCAAGAGAGUGGGCUCCAGAAGCCUCUUUCGCUCUCCAGGAAUGCGAGAGAUGUCGAGUCAGACCCGCCAGAGGUCGCGGUUCCUGAGGCCGACGGUACUUUGAUCUUGCGCGUCAUGCCUGAUGACAACAGCUGUCUAUUCAGAGCCGUGGGAAGCGCCGUUUUGGGAGAGGGGAUUGAUGCCAUGCGCGAGCUACGAGGGAUUGUGGCCUCAGCUGUUCAGAACAACCCUAUCGAUUACAACGAGGCCGUUUUGCAGAAGUCCCCCGACGACUACUGUCGAUGGAUUCAGCGAGAUGACAGUUGGGGUGGAGAAAUCGAAUUGAACAUUCUGAGCCAGCAUUUUGGUAUUGAGAUCUGCAGCAUCGAUGUGCAGAGCCUGCAUGUCUACCGUUAUAAUGAGGGGAAGCCGAAGCGCUGUAUUCUGGUGUACUCCGGUAUUCACUACGAUACCAUUGCGCUCAACCCAUCGUCACCUCCCCAUACCAAGGCCGACAUGCCUCCAGAAGUCGAUAUCAAGCAAUUCGAUUCCAUCGAUGAUGUUAUUUUGACCAAGGCGUUGGAACUGUGCCAAAUUCUGCAGAAUCGGCAUUAUUUCACGGACACGGCAGGCUUCGCAAUCAGGUGCCAGGAUUGCGGAUGGACAGGCAACGGCGAGUCGAGUGCUCUGGAACACGCUAAGAAAACGGGCCACUCGAAUUUUGGGGAAGCCGAGUGA